CUUAAAUUUCUUUGUUUUAUUUUAGUCAAUUUGUUUAAGGUCGGUGCGAAGUGAUUCUAUAUAAAUGUGUGAGAAAAUGAGAAUGUACAAAUCUUGAAGAAAGUGCCAUGGCCCUAUCCUCCUCAUUAACUCCCUCCCCCCUCCAAGUGUUGUCUUGUGUCUGCAUGCUCCAAAACUUGUCAUGCACCAAACCAACCAAGUUUUAACGCUAUAGAGAAGAUUGGUUAUAGAGAGAGAAAGUAGAGAGAGAGAGAGAGAGAGAGAGAGAGAGAGAGAGAGCGAUAAUAGUCAUCCCCUAUAAAGAGACAUCCCCUUCUCCCUAUAAAGAUCACUCUUUUUCUUCUUCUUCCAAGGUUCUUCUUUUUCCUUCUCUUUGAUAGCCAUGGUUUCCCUCGCGUUGAUUCGGACGAUCGUCGGGAUCGUAGGAAAUAUAAUAUCACUUGGGCUUUUUCUGUCACCAAUGCCAACUUUCAUAACCAUAUUCAAGAGGAAAGAUGUGGAGCAAUUCUCUGCAUUCCCAUACCUUGCCACACUCCUCAACUGCCUCCUCUGGUGCCUCUACGGCCUCCCCAUAGUGCACCCAGACAGCACUCUGGUCCUCACCAUCAACGGCGCUGGAGUUGUCAUCGAACUGUGCUACAUCAUCAUCUACACCAUCUACAGCCCGGCAAAGCAGAAGCUGAGGGCGAUCCUCGUUGUCAUCUUCGAGAUAGCUAUUGUGGCCAUUCUUGGCGCGCUCAUCAUCACCCUGGUUCAUAACGAGAAUCUCCGGUCGAGGAUCAUUGGUAUCAUAUGUAUCAUCUUCUGUAUCAUUAUGUAUGUUGCCCCCCUGGCUGCUAUGGUACGUAUGUAUCUGAUCCGGUUGCACUCCUAUAUAGCAGAUAUUGAACAACUAAGAGCGUCGAGUACAUGCCUCUCUAUCUAUCAAUCUUUCUUGAACGGAACUUGUUGGACAAUCUACUCCCUCCUCAAAUUUGAUAUCAACAUUCUUGUUCCUAAUGGUAUAGGACUAGUGUUUGCUAUUGGUCAACUCAUACUGUAUGCAAUGUACUAUAAGUCAACGCAGAGAAUACUCGAGGCAAGGAAGAAGGGAGGAGAAGUCGAUCUGACCAACGUCGUGGUUCGUGGAGAUCCGAAUAGAGUAGGCAAUGCAGCCUAGAUAUUGACAUGCAUGAAAACGGGUUAUCGGAUUCUUACAGUGUGUAAUAACAGUGUAUAUUUUCAUUAUAUAGAUAUUGUCGUGGACUGCGAGUUGUAACUCCCGAAAUGAUCGAUCGUGUUGAAUGAGUCAGGUUUCGGUUUGGAUCCGUAAGGCUGAACCCGAGCCGGAAUAGGUGAUUUUGGUAGGCAUGGGAUCAUGUAGGGAGCGGUUUUUUGGGCGUGUCAACGUACGUGUAACAAUAACUCUUUGCAACAAUCAAAAUAAUUGUGGAAA